AUGACGAGCGCCGAUGAGCAUCGUCCCAGUACCGCCUUCAGACAAGAACAAUCCCCGCAAAAGCACAUGACCAACGACAGUCAUACCGCAGCGCUGGGUUUUCAGGAUCCACAACGUCAAAAGUCAACUACCUCUCUGGCCCCCAACGGUAUUGACCCUCCACAGGCAAUUGUCCCCAGCACUUUCGACAUGAGCUCUGACGAGGAGGAGACAUCGUCUGCCCUUGGAAACCGAAAUAUUCAUAUACCAACAAGAACGACCAGUAUUGAGGGCACGAAGCGAAAUUUCUCGAGACCCAAGCAUCACGACUGCGGCUCACCCAAUCCAGCUUCUGGCUCAGAGUCUCCCGAGCGCCGUUCGGCCGAGAAAAGUUCGGCUGACUCUGUCAUGUCCUACGAAACGAAAGCCACUUCUUCAGUCGGGACCAUUCCACCGUUGCAAGCGAAAAACGGCCCCGAAGAGGAGGACAGGCUUGAGCCACUUUUGGAAGACGACCCGGCCAACUUUGACCUUGUUGCUCCCGCAGAACAUGGGAGCAAAGACUAUUCGCUCGAAACUCGUUCCGAGGAGAUUCUGUCCAAGGAGCACCUGCAGGCAAUCUUCUCAGACCCGGCUUUGUUGAACAAGUUUACUUCGUUCCUUAGCGCGUAUAAGCCCAAAUCGCUACCACUCCUCAUCUACUACCUGGAUGCUCUCAAGGCUAUUCGAGCAAUCAACUACGCCAAUGCGGUGGCAGAGGCGCUUGAACCCAUUGAGGACCUAGAAUUCACCUCGCAUCCUGCGCGACCGACAACCAACUCGGUACUUGAGGAAAAGGCCCAACGAGCCUUUGAUCAGCUGGUCCAAGAAGACUUGCCUGCAUACGUCAGCUACGUGUGGGUUCAAGUUGUCAGCUUCAGCAUUCAGAUGAGGAUUACAGGCACCUUACCUCCACAUCUACGAGAGGCGUCUGAAGGCCUUGCUGAAACAUUCUGUCUCACGGACCCGUCAAGGAAAGACAAUCCCAUUAUUUUUGCUUCAGAAGAGUUUCAUCGCACGACUCAAUACGGUGUCAACUACGCAAUCGGACGGAAUUGUCGCUUUUUGCAGGGUCCGCGAACAAACCCAUUCUCGGUGAAAAGGCUGAGCAAAGCAAUCCAAGAAGGGAAGGAGAUUAGUGAGCUCAUCUUGAACUACCGGCGUGACGGAUCAACGUUUCUCAAUCUUCUAAUGAUGGCUCCACUCAUGGACAACAGAGGUAAGGUCAGGUAUUUCAUCGGAUCGCAAGUGGACGUAAGCGGCCUCGCCAAACAAUGCACCGACCUUCCGGCGUUGAAGCGGAUGCUUGCCAAAGAAGGGGAGAUGGACCUAGACGAUGGCGAAGAAAUUCCCGAGGAGCAGGAAAAGGACGAGUUCCAGGCAUUGAGCGAGAUGUUUAACCAAGGAGAGAUCGAGAUGGUGCGGAAGACGGGUGGGCGCAUGCACAAGGAGCAUGUCGAGGAUGACGACACGACUUCUGUGUAUCACCAGCCGCGACUGCUCAUCAAGGACACCAGCCCUCCUCUUGGCGCCCGGUCUGAAGUUUUCGGCAAGGUCAAAAACAACGGGAAGCUAGUCGGGAUCUACAGCCACUACCUUCUUGUCCGGCCGCACCCUUCUCUCCGCAUCCUCUUCACCUCGCCUUCGCUUCGCGUACCAGGGAUCCUCCAGUCGGCCUUUAUGGACAGGAUCGGCGGCAGCUCGAGGGUGCGUGAAGAACUAGAACAAGCUCUCGCAUCAGGGCGUGGCGUGACGGCCAAGGUGCGGUGGUUGAGCAGCCUCCGUCCAGACGACGAUGGCCGCAGCCGUUGGAUCCACUGCACGCCACUGCUUGGGCAGAACGGCAGCGUCGGCGUCUGGAUGAUUGUCCUCGUCGACGACCCCGCCAGCGGAAUGGUCAGGAAGUUUCGCGCGCCACCGCCUGUGUCUAGAGCAAUCGGCGGGGGUGGGAGCGGGACUAGGCACGGCCACAGCCACAACGGCGGCGGUAGCGCCAAUAGAUCGGAACCCCGCAGUCCCAGCAUCUCGACCUCCCGCGGACCGGCCGCACCGUCGCCUGUCAUCGGACGCGGGCGCAACUUCGCCCCCAUCAUCGACACGAUGGCCGCAAACAGCAAGUUCGAAAGGACGCUCACUGAGGAGGAGUUCGACCGCCAGAUCGAGGAGCGUGACCGCCUUCUGGGCCUCGGAUCCCCGUAUACCGAUCAAAUCGGAAGGGCCAUGAGCCCGAAGCCUCCAGACACCGCUGGCAGCGGCGCCAAUUCGACGGACUCGUUCCGCAUAUGA